UCAAUUAAUAGAAGUACGGUAAUGUAGUGAUUUAAGAAGCUACGAUGUAAAUUCAAUAAAGUAUCAUCGCGAAUCGUGGAUUUUCUAAUCUACAAAGUGGUGUUAAGUCGUCACGAAGGCUUGGUAAUUAUAAUAGCGGUAUAAUAAGGCAGGUGUUAAACAAACACGCGCAAUGCUGCUUUGCAUUUGCAAUGUGUUAUAGUGAAAUCGUUUGCAAACGGCGAUUGCAAAAUUCGCCUUCUCGAGAACGGCAACAAGAAUAGCACGAUAUUGACCCAGUACCAGGGUCACCGCGUUUUUGGAUACAUUUCAAAGGUCGAGCUCGCGAGACCAGAAAUAUUUGUUCGACGAUGGAUCAAUGUCGUGAACUUACUUGGUACGCUGAAUCUCACUCUUUUCGGAGCCUCGCGAUCCGGAUAAACUGUACGUUUUUCACACAAGUAACACUUCCGUUCGUAGAAAUGUGCAAAUGUCCUAAAUCUGCUCAUUUCGGUAAACGAAUAUUGUCCUAGCCGAUAGAAAAAUAACAAUUAAUGGAUGAACGUAUCUGUAAGAGGUUUGGACGCGACUGAUUACCUUCUGCAGUAGCCGCGAUCAGUUUUAUCCGCGCAAUAAUGUCAAAAUGUAAAUCGAUGCAUGGACGUGGGAAGAUGACUAACCUUGAUACGACGUACGGACUUGACGAGAAUCCCCCCGAUGAGUUUCUUGCCAAAAUGAUUAGUUAUAAUACUGGCGUGCUUCCGCUUUUGAGUCAUUCAAUCGAUUAAGCCAGAAGAUAUUUGGCCAGGUUCCUACGGUGCCUAAUCGAUAAAGCAUCGCAUUAUCUUUUUAUUUGAAUCAAUUGAUCAAUAUACUACGUAACGCAGAAUACAUUUGCUUGUGAUCUGAAAUAUCUACUUACUAAAGAAAUAGUAGAAAUAUUCUUUACACAGUACAGCUAGAAUUUAAUGCAUCCUGGAAAACACUGUGCAACCCUUUCUUUCGUAUUCUGCAGAAACCACACUCGCCAGACUGAAGUACUUCGAAAGACUUUGCAUUUUACAAAAUAGAGCAAUAAUUUUAGAAAUUCGUAAUUGAACCAUCCUCCCUAGAAUUUUCUUUACAACUUCGCAGCUGACGUAGAACCGUAAGGGUACUGGAACGCAUGUAGUUAAGCAAUUACGGAUCAAUAAAAUAUGAGUCGAAGAGCACGAUGCUAUGACAAAAAGAUACCGAUAAAAUCAACAGGCUGUUUCUCGAAAUGUUCGAGCAUUCUGUAGAAAUGAAGACGUCAAAGAACAAAGACUUCGCUUACGCGAUGACCCCGUUGAAGAUCCUGUCGUGGCUCGUGGGCACUUGGCCUCUUCAAGACUACAACGUAUUCUCCUUCGUGCGUUUCUUUUGUACAAUCUUCUUUCUGCUGUUAAUGCUGAUCACCAUACACGCGGAGUUAUAUUUGGAUCAUACCGAUGCCGACGAGAAUAUGGACGCUUUAAUAUUAAUUAUUUGUGGCAUCCUAGCGGUGUCGAAAGUAACGUAUUUCCGCAUUCAUUCCACAAGAUUAAUUUUCAAUUUCGUCUCGGCCGUGAAGGAUUACAACGAGCAGAACGAUGAAAAAAAACGAAGAAUCAUGCGACACCACGCUUACAUGAGCAGAGUAACGUUUAUCAGUUUGAUGCUUGCUGCUAAUGCCUGCUCGUUGAUCCUUACUACUCUACCUGUGCUAUCCAGAAACGAGGAUACGAUUAAUAUGACUUUAGCAGAUACAUUAAAAUAUCCUCUACCUUCAGAGAACAUUUUAACCCUGAUACAAUUGCCAGAAUAUCUGUACCUGCCAGUUUUCUUUACCGAGUACAUAAUCUUGUUGGUCAUCAGCGCGGGUAAUCUUGGCAGCGAUUUAUUGUUUUUUGGUAUCGUCUUUCAUCUGUGUGGUCAAGCGGAGAUACUGAAAAUGGAGUUUAACAAGAUGCUUGAUAUGAAUAGUGAAACUACCAAGCAAUUUCAUUCGUUGAUCAAAAGGCACGGUUACUUGUUAAAGCUGAGCGAGAUGUUGAACGAAACGAUCAGCUCAAUUUUGGUCGUACAAUUAUUAUCCAGUUGCAUACUUAUUUGUGCAUGUGAAUUUCAGUUUAUUCUCGCGCUGCAGGAAAAGAAUAUCGUGAUGGCGACGAGAUCAACCACCACAAUGAGUAUCUUAAUGAUACAAUUAUUUGCGUAUAGUUACGUGAGUAAUUACUUGCAGUACCAAAUGGACGGGAUUGGAUACUCUUCGUACAGCUGCAGCUGGUACAACCUUCCCAGAAAUGUGGCAAAAGAUAUUGUUUUUGUGAUACUAAAAGCUCAGAAACCGGUUCAACUGAAGGCUGGGAAAUUCGUAGCCGUCAAUCUGGAAACUUUCACGAGUAUUCUAAAAGCUUCGAUGUCCUGUCUCUCGGUACUUCGCAUAAUAAUGAACACUCAUUUUGCGAAAAUGACGACAACGAAGAACGAGGACUAUACUUACGCAAUGAAACCGCUAAAAAUUCUAUCAUGGACUACGGGCGUUUGGCCUAUGGAAGUUUGCAAUGUUUUUGCGUUUAUACGUUUCAUCUUUGCAAUCGCGAUUUUGUUAUUAAUGAUCCUGAUUCUGAGCAUAGAAGUGUAUUUAGACGGGAGCGAUGCCGAGGCGAAUUUGGAUAUUUUAAUGCUGACCAGCUGUGGUUUCUUAGCGAUAUCGAAAAUAGCGUGUUUCCGAAUUUACUCGGCAGAAUUGUUCUUCAAUUUCUCCUCGGCGCAGAAGGAUUACGACGAACUCGAUGAUGAAGAGAAACGAACGAUCGUGCGACGACACGCUUACUUGAGCAGAGUAGCCUUAAUUUCUCUAAUAUUAUCUUCGAAUUUCGGGGCAACUUUCAUCACCAUUUUACCCAUUAUGCUGGAAAUUGAGGAAGAACAAAACGUGACUACGGAAGAGAUAGUAAAAUACCCUAUUCCUUCGGCACAUGUUAUAGAACUGGUCAAGUUUCCAGAGAAUCUGCAAAUGAUCAUUUUCAUUACGGAAUUCUUGAUGUUGCUGAUUAUAAGCAUGGGAAACAUUGGCAACGAUGGAUUUUUCUUUGGUAUCGUGUUUCACCUGUGCGGUCAAGCGGAGGUGUUGAAGAUGGAAUUUAGCAGAAUGGUUGAUGAAAACGGAAAAACUGUGGAGAAUUUUCACCUGUUACUAAAGAGGCACAUCUAUUUAUUGAAACUGGGAGAGAUGCUAAGCGACACGAUCAGCGUGGUCUUAGCCAUACAGCUCUUAACUAGUUGCAUACUUAUUUGCACAUGUGGAUUUCAAUUUCUCCUCGCUUUACAAAGUGAAAAUAUCAUGUUGUCAGCGAAAACAUUAGUCGUAUUACACGUCUUGAUGACACAACUGUUCGCAUUUAGUUACGUGGGUGAUUACUUGAAGUGCCAAAUGGAUAGUAUCGGAUACGCUUUGUACAAGUGCUACUGGUACAUGCUUCCAUCGAACGUGGCUAAGAAUAUUACAUUUGUGAUAUUAAAAGCUCAGAAACCAGUGCACCUGGUAGCCGGGAAGUUCUUCAUCGUCAAUCUGGAGGGUUUCAUGAGCAUUCUGAAGACUUCGAUGUCGUAUUUGUCGGUACUCCGCGUAAUGAUAAACGUAUGAUUCUUCUGUGUUA